UCAUUUGGCUUACCAGUCUCUUGUCUUCUCAGGUGGUUAGAUAUAUAUCAAUAAAGAUGAGCUGGACUGGAGGAGACUGGCUAUGUGGGGCGUGCCAACAUGCAAACUUCAAAAAACGAGAGGCAUGCCAGAAAUGUGGAUACCCCAAAUUUGGAGGGGUGGAUGUGUCAACGUACUUAUACAACAGGACUGAGGUUUUGGCUGGUGAUUGGUAUUGUGGUGCAUUGAACUGUAGGAGCCACAAUUACGCCAGCCGCACAAGUUGCUAUCGAUGUGGAAUGAUUAAAGUCGAGUAUACAGAUCAGUACUAUGGAGCUCAAAUGGUUGCUUACGAGAAUGAUGCGGGAGCUUGUCCUCCCGGCUGGAAAUCUGGCGAUUGGGUUUGUGCAAGGGUCGGUUGCGGAGUUCAUAACUACGCAAGCAGGGCCGAAUGCUUCAAAUGUAAGACAGCAAGAGAUUACGGUGGCGUCUAGAUGGACGAGAAAGAGCUGAUCAGGAAUCACUCUUUUUUAAAUGUAACUGUAAUAGCUAUUCACGUACCUUACAAAAGUGUUACUACUUCCUAACAUGCCAGAAGCAUUCGUACGUUGAGUUAAAAUUA